CCUCAAUUCUCCACACCACACGACGACCACCACCCAGCUCAGCUCUCGCAGCACUAAACCCCAUCCACUCGCUCCUUUAUCAUCGUCUCCCUCCCCUCCAUUCUCAGUCUCAGGCUCUCAGCUCAGCUGCGUCCUCCUGCCACCCAUGGCAAACGCUUCUCUGCAAUCCUUCCUUCUCCCGCACGACCAUUCUUUCGCCGGCGCCGGCGGCAGCCGUGACGGCUCCGCGUCCGCCGUGCACAAGCUCUCCACCAACACCAGCGGCAGCAUUUCCUUCAGGCUCUACACCAAAACCUCCCCCUCGGUGACAGCAGCCUCAGCCACCAAUUCGUCAGCUCCGACUCCAGUUGCCCCGGCAUCUGCACCAGCGGCAGGGGACGAAGAAGAAGAAGAAGGCCCCUCUCUCGACCUCCUCCGCCGCCAGCUCGCCGCGGGCGACUACCGGCAGGCGGACGAGACCACGCGGGCGCUGAUCAUCGACCUCGCCGGCGAGCCCGCGAGGCGCCGAGGGUACGUCUUCUUCUCCGAGGUCCAGUUCAUCCCGGCCGAGGACCUCGCCGCCAUCGACGGGCUCUGGAAGGAGCACAGCGGCGGCAGGUUCGGGUACAGCGUGCAGCGGCGGCUCUGGGAGAAGUCGCGGCGCGACUUCACCCGCUUCUUCAUCCGGGUCGGCUGGAUGAGGAAGCUGGACACGGAGGUGGAGCAGUACAACUACAGGGCCUUCCCCGACGAGUUCUUGUGGGAGUUGACGGACGACACGCCCGAGGGACACCUGCCGCUCACCAACGCCCUCAGGGGCACGCAGCUCCUGGCGAACAUCCUCACCCACCCGGCCUUCCAGGAGGAGGACCAGGGAGACGGAGCUGCUGCUGCAGAAGAGAGUGCAAACACCAAAGAUGAUAACAAAGGGAGGGAGAGACCCAGGUCCAUGAGAGAUUUCAAGCCUGAUUAUUCUUUUUGAUUCAGGCUGGCGAAGGAAACCAAAAAAAAAGGGGCAUGGGAGUUUGUGGUGCAGAGAUGCUGGCAUGGUGUAAUUGAUUUAAAAGAUCAUGUAUCCGUAGUUCUGUUUGGGUUACUUUUGUCUUAAAACAUGCAUGGAAGCUUGUGCAAUAUAUUACGAAUAUAUAUAAUUGGUUCAGGUGUCUC